AUGAGUAGUCUCCAUAAUUAUGGCUACGCUUAUCAGGUCUCUGCACCAACGUACCAGGACUUAAAUCAAACCUCGCUUCCACCUCCUCCAGGUACUCUUCCACCACCAAAUUCGUCCUUUGCAGGACCUGCUCCAGCUAUAUUUACUUCAGUUGGUCAAUCACAACCAACUCUUCCAUCACAUCAAGGACCGCAUCCAUUGCUACCUCCAGAAACUCCUACGCUCAAUUCAACAUACACCUCACCUUCACCUUCACCUUCAAGUUCUUCUUCAAGCAUUAGUACAGGAACCGGCACUACUUCUUUGGCGAAUUCGCACCCCUCUAGCCGACGACCUCCUUCAUACCCAUACCAUCCUUACUCGCCAUACCAAUAUCAGAAUUUUAAAUAUCAACAACAUUAUCAACCACAAUAUUACCAAGACCCUUCUACUGGUGUGGCUGCUACUUAUACCGUUCAACAACCCCAAGUUCAAUGGAAAACCAAUUCACAAGAACCUUACAAAUAUGAUAAUGGAGGGAAUGCAACACCUAUCCCAACAUCUCUUCCUCCAUCUAACGCUACUGCUCCUGCCACCUCGAACCAGGUCCCAGAAGGAGCUUAUUCUAUUCAAUAUGGCCAGUUUAUUGAUCCUGCUCAAAAUUCAAAUUCUGCUGGAAUGUCCCAAGUACAAUGGGCUACUCCUGCUGCAUCCACUGCUGCUGCAUCCAAUUCUUUACCACACUCUGCUCCUACGAGCUCUUCCACCAUCAUUCACCCGCAAAUGUCUGAGCCGGCCUCAUCCACAUCUAAUCCUAAUUCCACGUCUAAUAGCAUAACAAUGGCUUCACCAACAAGUCCUCUUACUGGUGUAUCUUUUGCACAAUCUCAAAGACAAACUCCCAUGAUGCAAGCAUCUCAAGAGCAACAUCAACAUCAGCAUCAGCAUCAGCAUCAGCAUCAGCAUCAACAUCAACAUCAGAAUCCGAAUCCGAAUCAGCAUCAGCAUCAACACCAACAUCAACACCAACACCAACACCAACAUCAGCAGCAACAUCAACAUCAACAUCAACAUCAACAUCAACAUCAACAUCAACAUCAACAGCAAUAUAUUCAGAUGAACUCUUCAAACCCUGAAAUUCCUUUAUCUUCUUCAACAGAUUUUGGAUCUACUGGUCCUCAACAGCCUCCUCUACAUAAUAUUCAACCACCUCAGCCUAUACAACCAAUAUCUGCUCCUCAUCAGUUUCUUCCCCCAAACGUCCAACCAAAUUCUCACUCUCAAAGAAUGUCUCCAGUGACGUCUCCUCACGUAGAGCAAGGCCCACAACAACCUAUCACUCCCCAGCUACCUCAAACACAGCAAUUUCCUAAUAAUGGAAUCAUUUCGAUGCCAGUGAGCAUUCCAACAGCAGUUACAACAACAUCAUUAUCUGGACCUUCAUCAUUAAUUCCAGCGAUACCUUCAUCUUCUCCUGUAACUCAUUUAACAGGUUCUUCUGCUGCUAGUAUUUCUUCUGAGACUUCGUCGAGUCAAUCUACUACACCAUCUGUUAUGAUUAGUCCUUACCGUGUGGUUAGCGAGGCCUCUUCUCCUCCAAACAGUUGUGAUUCAUUAUAUCAGAUGUUUGAAGCCACUCCGCUUGAUAAACCUCAUAUGCUGUACUGCAAAAAAUGUGCCCUGUUCAAGCCUGCUGUAGAAUUUGCUAGUACUACUGGAUUUUUCAACAAUAAUUGCAAACAUUGCAGAAAUUAUCGUCGAAAAGGAGAAGAUUCAAAAUCGGAAGCUGUUCAAGAGCUUUAUCGAAUAUCCACUUAUGAUCAACUUCGUUCUACCCUUGCAGAAUGUUUAAGGGUGCGAAGAAGUCGUGGAGGAUCAGCAACAUUAAUAUGUAUACACUUUUACUUAGAGCCGUCUUUUAUUGCUAAUCCUGACCGCUCUUCUUCAUUAGGUCAGUCUCAGAUUAAUGGAUCAGAGCUCAAAACGGAAAAAGAUGAGGAGUACUCUUGUAAUCCUUCUAGCACACAGUUAGGGAGUACAAUCUAUCAAAACGGUGACCGUAUCGAUGCAACACAGUAUCUUACGCCUGAAGGCCGUUCAGUACUGGCUAAUAGACUUGUUCGGGAAGUCAAAUUAGUCGAUGGCUAUUCUUAUAAUCAUCGCUCAACACGGCUGUUCAAGAGCGGUGAGACACACAAGUAUCUGUGUUCACAAUCUACAGCACUUCCAUGGCGCCAAAAGAAAAAGAAUGCUGCUGUUGCCGCUGCUGCUGCUGCUGCUGCAACUUCUACAGUUGUUAAUCAAACUGAGGGUCUUGUUAGUUGUGAUUCCAACAAUCGAAUCAAUGAUCCAAUAAUUAAGAAAAGCCUCGAUAACAACGACCCGGAAGUUCACAAUUGCAGUGGCACUGUUCUGGUAAAGUUUAAAUCACCUGGCACAAGAAACCAAAGAGUCUGUGUAGCAUAUUGUCACGAUGUGAGUCAUGCACCAAAAUCUCAAAAAUAG